AUGGGUUGUAUUAACUUCACGAGCAUAAAUGAGACUUUGCCUGGCAGGCACCCUUAUACUGCACUGACCUCUGUACCUCUGACGAUCCUGGUGGGUAUCCUCAUUCUGCUAACUGUGUUUGGCAAUGUCAUGGUAGUAAUUGCUGUGUUUACAAGACGAGCCUUGAGACCACCUCAGAACCUGUUUUUAGUCUCUUUGGCAUGUGCAGAUAUCCUGGUUGCCACUUCAGUGAUGCCUUUCUCUUUAGCUAAUGAACUGAUGGGUUACUGGUACUUUGGGAAAGUCUGGUGUGAAAUCCACCUGGCUUUGGAUGUGCUCUUCUGCACCUCAUCAAUCGUUCACCUGUGCGCCAUAAGCCUGGACAGAUAUUGGUCUGUCACUCAAGCAAUUGAGUACAACCAGAGAAGGACACCACGCAGGAUUAAAUGCACAAUCUUCAUAGUUUGGGUUCUCGCAGCCAUAAUUUCAUUCCCUCCUCUGAUCACUAUGACGAAGGACGAGGGUAAAGAGGACAGCCCUGAAUGUAAUGUAAAUGAGGAAAAAUGGUACAUCAUAUUCUCGAGCACCGCCUCCUUCUUUGCACCCUGUGUCAUCAUGAUCAUGGUGUAUGUUAGAAUCUACCAGGUUGCCAAGAAAAUGACAAGAGCCCCUCCAGGUGAAAGGCAAAGAGAAAACGAGAACACUAAAAACACAAAGUGUAAUUUGGACCCUGUAGAGAGAAAAAAUGGAGAAGGGAGGAGUGUGGGAGCGGGGGAAGGUGGAGAGAUCAACACCGUUGAUGUGGAUGAAGAGCCCUCCUCAUCUGAUGAGAAUGAAAUCACCCUAUGUUCCCUGAAGAAGAAGAGAGUUAUGCGAACGGCCAAAGUGACUCAGGUGAAGCCUGGAGAAAUCUCUUCAAAGCCAGAGGCACAGCCCUGUGUGAGCGCGAGCAGGUGGAAAGGAAGGCAGAACAGAGAGAAACGCUUCACAUUUGUUCUGGCUGUGGUCAUGGGAGUGUUUGUUCUUUGCUGGUUCCCCUUUUUCUUCACAUACACUCUCACUGCUGUGUGUGACACAUGUUGUGUCCCAGAGACAUUGUUCAAAAUGUUUUUCUGGCUCGGUUACUGCAAUAGCUCACUAAACCCUGUUAUAUACACUAUUUUUAAUAAUGAUUUCAGGAGGUCUUUUAAAAUGAUUCUUUGUAAAACAGACACAAGAGGUUUAUAA